AUGACUCAACGUCUCAUGGCCAGCUUGGCCUUGACUCUGGCCGUCGGCUUGGUCACAGCCAUCGAACCCCCGCGCCCGUACAUGGAUGCAAACUCGGACGCCGUCACUUUGUAUUCUUCCGGUCUCGAGGCCAUUGCCAACGAAAUGGCCAUUCAAGAGCAGCUCAUGGCCGACAUUGCCACCGCCACAACCGAGGCCAACGAUGCCAAGGCCAACCUUGACAAUAUCUUCGACACCUUCAUUGCCCAGCGCACGCUGUAUCAUUCCAAUGCCGAAGCCGUGACCGCCCGCUUUGCCCAGGUUCGAACCCUUGGCGCACAACAGUCGUCUUCAAAGACCCUCCCACCACAAGCGAAUCCGCCUGCCCAAGGCAUUGAAAGUCUGGGCGCUCAUGACACGUGCAUUCUCCAACAGAUUGCAGAUGAUGCUCAGCAGCUCCUUGCUGACAUGUCCCUUUUUGACGCCAUCAUCAACAACGACAUUGAUGCACUCCGCACCGCCGUCUCUGCACUUCCCGAUGGCAUUGAUGCUGACGUACAGACCCUUAAAACCAUGCUGGCCGAUGCCAUUGCCAACGCUGCAUCCCAUGCCGCCCGCAUGGAUAACGCUACCACCACCUUUAUCGCUAACUUGACGGCGCAGGUCACGGCCGAAGUGCAGGCCAACAAUGCGUUUCAAUCUGCAGCCAACGCCACCUUGGAUGCCAUGGCCAACGUUUCCAGCACCUUUGCGCAGCAAGCCAACGACACAAUCGUGGCAGCUGAGUUGGCCCUUGGUACCGCUACCAGUGGCAUUGUCGACGAGCUUCAGACAGCCGUGGAUAGUUCGUAUGGCGUGCUUGCCGACGCUCAAUCUUUGAGUGCCGCUGUGAAUCAGACCCUCCAACAAGCACCGACGCGCAUGGGUAUCGCCAAGAGCCUGUUGGAGGCAGACCUAGGAGCGGAUCUUAGCUUCAAGCUUCUGGUACCAGAUGCUGCCUCCUACGACUACCUUGGCUCUGCGUGUGACGCUGAUGGCACAACGGUGGUGUGCGGCGCCUAUGGUCACCAAGUGGGGGCUGUCUACGUAUGGGAGGUGAAUCCCGAAGCAGAGACCUAUGUGCUCCUUCAAAAAUUGAUGCCUGCGGCUAGCAACAUCUAUGCUGGGACCUCCUUUGGUGGUUCUGUGGCCAUUGACGGUGAUGUUCUUAUCGUUGGCGGCUAUUACUUUGGCGCGAGUACUAGUUCUGCAACUCGCACUGGUGCUGUUUGGGUGUUUGAACGCAACGCGACUGGUCAAUUUGUCCAAAAGCAACGGGUAACGCACCCAUCACCCAAUUACCUGGACGACUGCGGACGUGCCGUUGCGAUCAAGGAUGACGUAUUUGUUUUUAGCUGCCCCAACGAUGAGAACUCGACUGCCAUCAACACGGGAUCGCUGAUUGUAUACGCUAAGAAUGCGAGCUCCGGAGAGUGGGUGCUGAACCAAGCUCCCAUCUACUUGGCCGGCGCCAAGACCAACGAGCGCAUUGGCUAUCAGCAUGGCUCACUGGCCUUUGAUCGAACAAACAAAAACAACUUUGUGGCUGGCGUUCAAUAUCACACCGGUUCAGCAACUUACACUGGUGCCGCGGUAACAUUUACCCGCACCAACAACCAAAGCUAUGCUGUUCAGGCCAUGCUGACGCGGGAGGUACAGGCGUCUUCCGACUAUUUUGGUUGGGCCGUCCUAUAUUACAGCGACACAAUCUUUGUGAGCGCGCCCUACUCAGACUCGAGCGCUACAGGCACCUAUCACGGCAACGUGGACGUGUUCCGCUACAACGGUUCGGCUUGGCGCCUGGUUGACACCCUCACGCGCAAUGUGUCCUAUGAUUAUCUGGGCAUGUCCAUGGACCUGAGCGCGGAUGGCAACAUCUUGUAUCUCGCCUCGGAGCGCCAUCGCACCGACUCUUCUGGGAACAGUGCGCCCUACGUCGGCGUUGUAUACAAGUAUAAUCGUCUCGCCGAUGACUCGUGGUCUUACACGAAGAGCUUCCAACAUGACGAGGGCAUCUCCUACGACUACUUUGGCAGCGGACUGGCGAGUGCGGACGGCUUUUUGGCGGUCGGCGCCUACCAAUAUGACGAGAGUACGUGA